AUGUCUAUUAUUGCAUACAUUUUCGUAGUAUUGGCAAUCGUUACCGUUGCCAAUACAGAUUUAGUAUGUCCUGGCUAUGGAUUUGUUCGUCCACAAGAACCAUGUGUUGAUAAAUGUUCACUUGAAAGUGAUCACUGUCCAAAUGGCAAGAAAUGUUGUUAUACUCCUCUUAAACCAUGUGGAAAUCGUUGUCUUGUUCCCAAAGACGAUACACCCAAAGAUGGUACAUGUCCAUUGCCAAAGUCUCAUCAAGAUGCUCCGUAUUGGGGCGUAUGUGAUUUGCAUUUUUGUGAUGUUGACAAUGAUUGCCAAGAUGAUCAAAAAUGCUGUCUUAACAGCUGUCGUGCAAAAGUGUGCAUUAGUCCCAAAUAA